AUGUCUCAGCGCCGGCGUCGUGUCAUCGACACCUGCCGACCAUCCGGCCCAUCCCUGCCGCCCAUCCCUACCAGCCCGGUCCAGGUGGAGAGCUACUACGUGUCCGGACCGAGGGGCAGGCCGUACUACCACGAGAUCUACUACGCAGCCUUCUUCCUUGCUGACAUGGCAUGGCCAGCUGGCAGCGCACACGGGUGGAGGCAGCAUUCGGCAUGCCACACGACAAGAGCUACUGCUGUGGCCCCGCCUCCAGAUGGUGGCGGCUUGCAGCGACAGGGUGUGGCGGGCAGAUGGGCUGUAGAGGUUUUCAGUCCCCUCAGCAUCUCUCUCACAGAGAACCCCAUUGCCCUCACCGGUUUCAGCCCUCUGAGCAUCGCCCUCACAGAGGACCCCAUUGCCCUCACCCGUCUAUGUGGCGGACGUGUGGAGCAACGCCCCCACCCCCGCUGGGUGAGUCUGACUUAUGAGGCGCCUCAAAAGCCAUCUCCAUGGCACACCGGGGUGGCGAGGACGGAGGAGCAGUUGCAGCAGGAACUGGCGCAGUUGCCGCAUCCCCUAGUUCCCACCUACCUCAAGGCGUACACUGUUGGGCUGAAGCGUAACACACUCUUCUUGCCCCUUCACCUCUUCUCCCUGCCUCCCCUCUCAUCCUCCUCCCCCUACCAAGCAGGUCUUCUAUGCGUCUUCUAUGCGUACGUUGCCCGGCCCCCCACCUCCCCCACCGCCCCCCACCGCAUCCUCACUCCCGACAUCAGCCGCAGCGGCUUUGAGCUGCUGGCUCUCUCCCUCAAGCACCCCCCUCUCCUUGUCGCUUCGUUCCUGCCCCCCAAGUUCGAGGGCCAUGGGAAAGUGCCAGGGAAAGGUACACUGUUCUGUGGCAGACUGAUGGUGUGGGGGGGGGGGUUGGAGGAGAGGGGGGUUUAG